CCACGUUAUCUUUUACAAACUAUUUGAAGAACGACUGUAGGCUACUUCACAUUUAUUUUUGCGCGUGUCCACGUCGUAUAUUAAGAACAUGAUGUCUUAGUACAUAACACUGACAUGAGCAAGGGAGGGGCAGCUGCUGCAAAACACACUGAUAGAAUGAAUGCAAAGAGCCAAAAGAACACUUCCUGUUGAUGCAAAAAUUGCAGCAGCAACUGUCUGACACAUCUGGACUGGAGAGGGGGGGAGGCCUGGCUGUAGUGUUAGCGAACUACUGAGUGGAAUGGACAACGUUUAAUGCUAAUCUGCAAGACGGCAGCCGACAAACUGGAGAAACAUAUCCAAGAAAUGGACGACGGCAGCUACAUCGAGUUUGAUGUGCCGGAGUUCAGUAACACUGUUCUGACCCAGCUCAAUGAGCUGCGGCUGCAAGGGAAGCUGUGUGACAUAAUAGUUCACAUUCAGGGCCAGCCAUUUCGAGCCCACAAGGCCGUGCUGGCAGCUAGUUCACCCUACUUUCGUGACCACUCAGCUCUCAGCACCAUGAGUGGCCUUUCCAUCUCGGUCAUCAAAAGCCCCGAGGUGUUUGAGCAGCUUCUUGCGUUCUGCUACACGGGUCACAUGUCCCUGCAGCUCAAGGAUAUUAUCAGUUUCCUCACUGCUGCCAGCUUUCUGCAGAUGCAGGCCAUCAUUGACAAGUGUACCCAAAUCCUGGAGAGCAUCCACUCCAAGAUCAGCCUCCCAGUUAGUGUUUGCAGCCCAGAGAAGGACGACUCGCAGACCGGCGGCAACGGGGUCAAUGACAGCAACCUCUUUGUAAACCCUACCCAGAUCUCCCCCCCUUACUACUCCCGGCAGAGUCAGGCAGGACACGACGCGCGCUUUGAGCUGUCAGGGAAAGGCCUAGGCCGGGGGCGACAGCAGCAAGAGGAAGGCCAGUCGGACCGAGGCAGUAGUGACAGUGUGUCGGAGCUUGACGCUCCCAUGGAUGGAGAAACGGAGCAAGUGGAACUGAUCGGCAAAGAUGGGCAAGUAACCGAUGUGCACGUGAAGAUAGAGAAGACAGACAGGCCCACGUACUCCGACAGCUCCUCAGCUGGUGACGACGGCUACCACACGGAGUUGGUGGAUGGAGAACAGGUAUUGGCUGUUAGCGUGGGCUCCUAUGGUCCUGUCAUCCAGUCUGCUGCCUAUUCGUACUCAGGGCUGUCCUCGCCAUGCUUUGUCAACCUUACCAACUCCAGUCCUUCCCGCUCCAUGCUCAGUGGCUACAGAGGUGGGCGAGCCAGGGCAAAGCGACCCUUGGCCAUCCCAGCGGCAGUGCUGAGUCAUAUCAAACCAGGCUUGGAUGACGGCGAAUCAGCAGUGGGACCCGCGGGGCUGGAGAACGACGUGCGCGAGCGCAGCCUGCGGAGCCAGUGGUACCCCUACAACGAGAGACUCAUUUGCAUCUACUGUGGAAAGACCUUCAAUCAGAAAGGGAGCCUGGAUCGCCACAUGCGCCUGCACAUGGGAAUCACCCCAUUUGUUUGUAAAUUCUGUGGCAAGAAGUACACAAGGAAAGACCAGCUGGAGUACCACAUCCGUGGCCACACGGACAACAAGCCCUUCCACUGUCAGAUCUGUGGCAAGUGCUUCCCGUUUCAGGGCACCCUUAACCAGCACCUGAGGAAGAAGCACAUGGGAGCAUCAGAGGGCAGUAAUCACAUAGACUCUCCAGAGACGACGGAGGGGAACUCAGGUCAGAAGGACCAAGAGGAUACGUCCGAGGGGAUGGCCUUUGAGGCACAAUAUGCAGAAGAGGCACCAGCCAAUGAUAUGGAGGAGAGUUCAAAAUGCAGUCCAGAGGAGGCCCAAGCAUCAAGAUGUGAUUUGUAGGUCCUGCUUCAGGUUAAAGAAGCUUUAAGAAAUGUUUAUCUUAACUCAACUUAUAGGACUUUUUUUUCCUUUUCUUUUUGAAUCAGCUCCCUCUACUAUAGACAUUUCCUGCGUCAAGGGAUUCUGUCAAUUUUGUGAAAGUUAGAUGUUGAAUGCGGAGAGCAAAUGGGUGCUUUAUAGAAAUUUGAUUAUUUCAAGCAAAGGGAGUAACAACUUACUAUUUUUCAGGAGGUCCCAGUAAUCAAGACCCCCUCAUUGAUUUCUCUUUAUAUCUUUCCAUGUUUUUUAAAACAUAUUUACAGAGUUAUAUAGGCAUGUUGCAAUAAUUGAUAAUGUGAAAGCUCUGGUAAGAU